UUCGGUCUGAUACGAGCGAAGCAUUUGGUCUGGCUAAGUCGGGUUCAACUCCGGCUCGGGCUGUUUGUUAUGGCCCCUGCUCCCCUUCGUCGCCGGACUGGAUCUGGAAAGCUUUCCCUCGACGGCGAGUCCCCGUAAGAAGAACGAAGAUGAUGUCGACCGGCGGCUACACCUCCAUCGGCGACGACAACAACGGCACCGACGUCUCUGGAACCGUUCCGGCCGUUGUCUCCUCUGCGGAUCACGUCGCCCUCAAGUUCAAAGAGUCCAACCUUCAGACCUUUCCUCCUUCUUCGGAUUCCCAGGGGAAGAUUCCUGUCUUCCGCCCCCCUUCAGAUGCCGACGAUACGUUCUCGAAGCCAGUGCGUGGGAGCUACGAUGAACCGCAGCAGUCGGGAUGGAUGCAUGCGUUCACUGUGGUUGCUUACAAACCUUAUUUCGAUGUUGAUACCGCUGAUGUCUUCGAAAGGAUCAAAGCUUCGCUUUUCCCGUUCAGAGGGACCUUCGCUGAUAAGACAUCUGAUAAUCCCGACCUAUAUGGUCCAUUCUGGAUAUGCACCACGUUGGUCUUUGUGGCUGCUGCCAUUGGCACAUUUGUCACUUAUUUAGCACACAAAUUGCAGCAUAAAGAGUGGGAGUAUGAUAUCAAUUUGGUUACUUGGUCUGCUGGUUUGUUUUAUGGCUAUGUCACUUUCGUUCCUCUCGGUUUAUACAUCGUACUCAAAUACUUCUCCGUGCCAUCUGGACUCGUUCAACUUUGGUGUCUAUUUGGCUAUUCCUUAUUCGUUUUCAUUCCUGCCCUGUGCCUCUCCAUUGUACCUGUGGAAAUCUUCAGAUGGGUGACCGUCUGCGCUGCAGGGUUCAUGUCUGCAACCUUUGUCGCGCUUAAUCUUCGCACACACAUUGUGUCAUCUGGGGAGAGGUGGUUCCUAAUCGUCGCCGGAAUAUUUCUGCUCCAGUUGACUCUUGCAGUCGUUUUGAAGCUCUACUUUUUCACGAUCACUGUGCGAGCAAAUUUAAAACGGCGGAUCAAACAUUGGUUCUUCCUCAUCAGUCUCCCCGCUACUAGUGCUGGUUCGGUUGUUCGGAGGGAAGGCCCUAAACAAGUUAGCAGCAAACAUCUUACAGCUAGAAGAGAUAAUCAGUUCGGUGAACUUAGAGGUCCCUGAAUCAACAUAAUCAAUGAGGUCGAGCAGCGCCUGCCGUUUCAUUUCCUUCUCCGAAUUCUUGUUUGGAUCUGAGAAAUCAAAGAUGACACUGCAGAGGCUCAACUUGCUGAGAAAAAGGUUCUGCUUUUCUGCAGCAGGAACAUCCUUGAAUGUAAGCAGCGGUUCGAUGCUGGUGACAACACUAGAAGGGAAGAUAGCGGAAGCUGUCCUCUUCACUGUGGUUGCCCGGGAAGGAAGCACAUUACCACUGCUUGUCCGCUGGAUCUGGUUCCCGUCCCCCCGAGGCACACCAUUGCUGCCGCCAUGGCCACGAAGAGAACCAGAAGACGUAUCAGAUUUGGAGGACUUUCGAGGUAUUUUACUGAGAAGUUGCUUCCACAUUGUGCCAGUAGUGCUCGGAAAAGCCACAAAUUUUCAAUGAAAUCCCGAGAUUAAAGGUGCAUUGCCUAGCAUUUCAGAUCAAACCAGCAUAAUCACACUAAGAGUGAACGCAGAAUCCAGAUCGGGAAGCAGAUAAGGCAGAAAUAUCAAGCAUAAACACAAUCAACACCUGCCUACUAACGGAGACAACAAACUGGAAUCCAGAUCUGGACCUGGAAGCACACCCGGAAAAAGCGGCGGAUAUCACACUCCAGCAAACCCUAGGAAUCGCCGGAGGAAGCGGCUCAACGAAUUUUCCGGGCAAAGGUUCGCCGAUCUGUCGAGAAAAGCUCGAUCCGAAGCAUAGCUCGCAGAUCCGGCGACGGAUUCCCACUCCGAACGGAGAGACUGGGGCCGCAGCCGCCUUCGAUCCCUACCGCUCUCCUUUCGGGAUCCGCGGAGGCGAAGCGAACCAGAAAUAAGCAGAAGCGGCAGCGGCAGCGGCAGCAGCAGCGCAGUGAGACACAACUGCUCAAAUGGACAGCCGUGAUGUAUCUCCGGGCGCAAUCCUAGCCAUCUGAGCCGUUGAAAAGAUGGAACGAGAGAUCUCAAAACACCCUCUAUGCGGAUCUAAAAACAAUUAAUAAAUAUUUUCCUUUUAAAUUAUUAUUUUUAUUAUUAUUUAAAUUUAUGGUAAAAAUUAAAAGAGUAGGACUUUUGUAUUGAAGUUUAUUUAUAUUUAUUGAAUAAAAAAAAUACCUUCU